AUGUCCGUCCGACAGUUGGAGCACGCUGUGACGGCCCCCACUCGUUUCCUACGACGUUUACUACAAGAUCUCUCUGCCGGAAAUAUACGACCGGUGUCGACCCGCAUUCUCUCGCCGCCUGAUUUGACAAGCUCGCCCAUAAACGACGUCAAGCUAGUGACUGGCGGACGUUUGCUCAUUGCGACCGCAGCUGGGUACCAAGAGCUGCAGAUAUGGGACCUGGGCUUCAGCCCUGCAUCGGUUAUCAGCCCGAGACCUGUGCUAGUCAAACGUACGAACGGACGCAUUCAAAAGGUCUUGGCCCAGACCACAGCGGACUCGCUAGGAAUUAUGCUCUUGGUCAAUACGCGACUAGACAUGCCACCACAGUCGCUUCUCGAAAUAUAUGAAAUGUAUCCAGGGUCUUCUGAUCCUGUCCUCCAUCGUCUAGCUUCCUGGAAGUUCCCCAACGACGCUCUCAAAAGAUAUGCGUCGACUGUGCACAUCUGCGGGCCUCACGUAGUUGCAGGUUACUUGACGCGCACUGGCGGAGGAGAGAUGUUGGUUUGGAACUACAUGGACAAUACAGCGACCAAGUGGGACAUAGACUAUGUCAGUCACAGCGAUGAAAUCAACGUUUAUGAUGGCCAUAUUAUCCUAACCGGCGAGGACGCUAUAACGGUAUGGAAAAUGCCAGUGCUGCAUGCGCGUAUUCCCGGCGUCGACGUACACAAAGAACAAGACCUCCCCUAUACUUCCAUCGACCACGAGGGCCUUAAAGCCGUGCAUAUUAGCCAUAGGCAGCCACGUGGGCUUAACGGCCUCCACGUCGAUGUGUUCGACCCAUCAGAUGAUGGUCUGGCGCAACUUCGCCGGUACGUGGUGCUCCGGGCGCUGGGCGACGACACCACAAUCAUUGAUCCAAGAGCGCCAUCGAUACACCCAGUCUUCCAAGGCGAGUCGCCAACAUCAGAAGAAAUCCAGAGUGACGAGGACCACUAUUCUUCCGCUUGGAUUAGCGAUAGAGAGAUGGUGAUGGUCAGAGCAGAGCAUGAUGGCUACCUGGUUCAUGCAAGCGUUAUCGUGCUGACGGAUCCCUUGGGGUCCCCAAGGAGCAAAGCUGCUCAUGGACUUAUCUGGGUUGGCCCCCCGGAAGAAAACUUCGACUUUGAGGAAGGCCCAAAGAUUCCUCGAUUCACAUUCUGUCCAGUUUCCGGUCGUGUCUGCGUUAUCGACGGCCAUGAAAUACGUGUCAUGGAUUAUCUUUCGGUUUAA